AUGCUACCUCGCAAAAAAAGCAAGAAUGAAAAGACGACAGAAAGUGCUACUGAAAAGAUGCACAAUUUGAUGUCAAAGGUAUGUAGUCGUCUCGACCAGAUAAGUGUAAUAUCUGCAAUAGUAGAAGAUAUAGCAGAAGAAAAGAAGCAACAGAAAAAGAAACGCACUUCACAAUUGAAAUCAGAAAACACAUCAGAUCAGAUUUGUGAUGAGAUGUCUUUGUGUGAUCAGCCUUCAACGAGUAAAGGCUUUCGUAGUACUAAAUCGGUAGAUGAACAAUCAUCCACAGUUUCUGACAAUAUUUCAUCCAAAAACCAAACAAAACAUGCUCCAUCAUAUAAAGUCGACAGUACAAAUUUAAGAAAGCAGAUAGAAUCAAACUUGAAGGACACUGUUACUGCAGAUGAAUGGGAUACCAAAGUAGAGGAAGAGGAGUUGAAUCCUGAUGAACCAUCAACUUCUACAGGUUACUCUUCUCGAAAGAAGAAAAGUAAAAAAAAAAAAAAUUAUACUGAAUCUGUAGAACUUGUUGUAAAAACCAGAAUACUCAAUCCUGAUGCUACUUCUAAAUCUACUAACGCUAAUUCUACAGAAUCGACAAGUUUUGCUAUAAUAAGAUCAACUAAUAACACCUCGAAUCAGUCAGCUACAGAAGCAAAAAGUAAGCCUGGAUUAUGGGGGAGAGGUAAGAACAGACGAGCAGAGCAAGCCCGAGCUCGUCUUCGUCAAAAGUACCAUGAAGGAAAAAUUAGAGAUUCCCAGAAGUAA